GUUGCGCUUUCUGUCAAAUAUUAUCCUGUCUGGUCGUGAUCGCUGAUCGAAGGGAUUUGUGUUAAAAAUAAUAAAUUUUCAUUGAUUUUCGAAGUUGCCCGGAGUGCUGGAAUAUAAAAGCAAUAAUUGAAAAUUUCAUUGUGUGCGGAGGCGUUGAAAUAUUCAUAUAUGGUUAUUGAAAUACCAAGCUCGUCCAUUUCUGUCCAGGGAAAAUCGAGAAUUUUUCAAUUCCCUUAGUUUUCAAAGAAUAAAAGAAAAAUGGCUUUGCGGAAAAAACGACCAGAUCUAAAACUACAAGUUUCUGAGGAAGUCCCUCCAAUUGUCCCCCCAGCAAAUCUGGACACUAGGACCACCAUAACCAUUGGGGACAAAACUUUCGAUGUUGAAGCCGAUGAUUUAGAGAAAAUUUGUGACUUGGGAAGAGGAGCCUAUGGUAUAGUUGAAAAAAUGAGACAUAUUCCAAGUGGAACGAUUAUGGCAGUUAAAAGAAUAACAGCAACUGUCAACAGCCAAGAACAGAAGCGUCUUCUCACAGACUUAGAUGUAUCGAUGAGAACUAGUGACUGCCUUUACACAGUACAGUUUUUUGGAGCCUUAUUCAGAGAAGGCGAUGUCUGGAUUUGUAUGGAAGUAAUGGAUACAAGCCUGGAUAAAUUUUAUGCUAAGGUUUAUAAACAUGGAAGGAGAAUACCCGAAGAUAUGUUAGGUAAAAUAACAUAUGCAGUAGUAUCUGCAUUGCAUUACUUACAUUCUCAUUUGAAAGUUAUACAUAGAGAUGUCAAGCCUUCAAAUAUCUUGAUUAAUCGUCAAGGGGAUGUUAAAAUGUGUGAUUUUGGCAUCAGUGGAUAUUUAGUUGAUUCGGUGGCGAAAACUAUUGAUGCUGGCUGUAAACCUUACAUGGCACCGGAAAGAAUAGAUCCGCAAGGGGACCCUUCAAAGUACGACAUUCGUUCAGAUGUUUGGUCCUUAGGUAUAUCUCUGAUAGAAUUGAGCACAGGACAAUUUCCAUAUCCAAAAUGGGGUACACCUUUUGAGCAACUAAAACAGGUGGUGAAAGACGAUCCUCCUAGAUUGCCAGCUGGAGAAUUUAGUACAGAAUUCGAAGACUUUAUUUCAAAGUGUCUACAAAAAAAAUAUGUCGAUAGGUGGAACUACAGUCAGUUAUUGCAACAUCCCUUCAUAGUAACCCAUAGAAAUAAGAACACCAACAUCUCUAAUUUUAUUUCAGAAGUGUUGGAUUUGCCAGAUAAUUUAUGAGAUUCGUGUUCCCUUUCUUAGUUUGUAUGUGAAGUUGUUUUCAGAGUGAAAAAAUUGUGUCAGCCGCUUGUACUCACCCCUUAUUCUUUUUCUUUUUUUAAGUGAGCACAAAGGAUAUGAUCCUAAGAUAGGACUUAUCCUAAUUUGGCACUUACUUCACUCUCUUUUAAAAUGUUUUUUAAUUUUGGAGGUUCUCUUCAUUUUAUU